UAAGCAGCUAGGAUUGACAAUAAUAUGAUUGGAUAGGACUUUAAUUUUGUACCUGAAAUGCAGCCAUAGAAUAUUAGAAGAUUGAAGAUGGAAAAGUUGGCAGUAGAUGCCCCCCAUCCACUGAGUCAGAUUAUUAUAUUUAUAUGAAGUUAGUUAGCUUCUACCCCUUUUUUAAAGUACAGUUUUUUUUUUUUUUUUUUUUUUGUCCUUUAUUGACUCAUAACUAAUUUCAACUACACUAUACCUUGAGAUCUCUGAAUCUAAUUACAAGAUCCUACUUAAUUAAUUUACCAUAUCAUUUACAUGCAAAUUCAACCACAUGUUUAUGCUUGCUCAUAGAUAUUUUUGCAGCAUAGCAGAAUCAUGAUUACCAUAUUAGUAAAAAAGAAUCUUAUAGUACAGUUUUUUCUUAGAACUCUUAUACUUUCCAUAACAGAAACAUCUGCAUCAGUGUUCAACAAUGUUACCUGCACAACCAACCAAACAUUCACACCAAACAGCACUUUUCACAAAAACCUUAACACUGUUCUGUUUUCACUUUCUUCCAACGUAACCAAUGAUGUUAGAUUUUUCAACACAACAUCAGGAAAUGAUUCAAACAAAGUCUAUGGUCUCUAUAUGUGUCGUGGAGAUGUUCCAUUUGCUCUAUGCAGAGAGUGUAUUGGUUUUGCAACACAAAAAAUUCCAUCAUCUUGUCCUUCUUCUAAAGAAGCUGUGAUCUGGUACAACGAGUGUUUGUUAAGGUAUUCCUACAGAUUCAUCUUCAUGAAAAUGGAAACAUGGCCUAGAUACAAGAUCGAGAUUCCAAUGGGGGACCCUGUUUUGUUACAGAGUAAAAGAUUUUACUCUGCUUUAAGAUCUGUUUUGAAUGUUCUUCCAAAAGAAGCUGCACUUUCUCUUGGUGGUUUUAACAAGUAUGCUGUGAAGCAAGAAAAUGCUUCUGCCAGUGUAACGCUAUAUGGUCUUGCUCAGUGCACACCGGACUUGUCAGCCGGAGAUUGUAGGCGGUGUAUUGAGGUUGCGGUGGUAGAAUUUCCUAAGGAUUGUUGUGGUGGUAGCAUAGGGGAAACUGUUUUCUUUCCAAGUUGUUUUGUUAGGUUUGAAACUUAUCCGUUUUAUCAGCAUUCAGAGACCUCAGCAGCAGCAACAACAACUAAGGGAGGGAGAAAUAUUCCAACCAAUGUGGUUGCAAUCAUUGUUGUUUUGGUUGUCAUUUUGGCCGUGAUUUUGUCCACCGGCUGCUGUUUAUUAUUGAUAAAAGCGAAGAAGAGACGCAGGGCCAGUCACAGAGAAAACUUUGUGCUUGAAUUUAAAAACUCAGAGUCAUUGGAAUUUGAUUUUGCUACAAUUGAAAUAGCAACAAACAUGUUUUCUGAAGAUAGCAAAAUAGGCAGAGGGGGAUAUGGACAAGUCUACAAGGGAACUCUUCCUAGUGGACAAGAAAUAGCUGUGAAGAGACUGUCCAAAACUUCUGGCCAAGGAGCAGAAGAAUUCAAAAAUGAGGUGAUGUUAAUUGCCAAACUUCAACACAGAAAUUUAGUGAGGUUAAUAGGAUUUUGCCUUGAAGACCAAGAAAAGAUACUCGUCUAUGAAUAUGUGCCUAACAAAAGUCUUGAUCACUUCCUAUUUGAUUCUCGGAAGCAAAAGCAAUUAACUUGGCCUGAACGGUAUAAUAUCAUUAAAGGGAUUGCUCGAGGAAUUCUUUACCUUCAUGAAGAUUCUCGUCUCAAGAUUAUACACCGUGAUAUUAAACCAAGCAAUGUUCUUCUAGAUAACAAUAUGAAUCCAAAAAUCUCUGAUUUUGGCAUGGCAAGGAUGGUAGCUAUAGAACAAGUUCAAGGACAUACAAAUAGAGUUGUGGGCACAUAUGGUUACAUGUCUCCGGAAUAUGCAAUGCAUGGACAAUUUUCAGAGAAGUCUGAUGUUUUUAGUUUUGGAGUGAUGGUUCUCGAGAUUAUUAGUGGAAAAAAGAAUUCAUGUUCAUUUGAAUCACGUCGUAUCGAUGAUCUCUUAAGUCACGCUUGGAAUCAAUGGAAAGAUGAAUCACCAUUUCAGAUGCUGGAUCCAAUUAUGCAAGAAUCUUAUUCACCAAAUGAAGUAGAAAAGUGUGUGCAAAUUGGUUUACUUUGUGUCCAAGAAAAUCCAGAUGAUAGGCCUACAAUGGGAACUGUUGUUUCAUAUCUUAAUAAUGUCUCAAUUGAAAUGCCAUUUCCCAUGGAACCAGCAUUUUUCAUGCACGGCAGGACGAGAAGAAAUUCAGGCCAUUCAGCUGGACAUGAAUCAUAUUCAGGUCAUUCCACCAACUAUUCCCUCUCCUCCUCCAGUGUAUGUCCUCGAUAUUACAGAAUUUACCCUAAAAAAGUACUGGACAGAAAUGAUGGGGUGGAGACAAACCGUCCAAUCUAUCUGAGGAAAUGUGCAAAAGACCGAAAGCUCGCCGAUUUUGAAAACAGUCCACUUGGAUUUGGAGAAUCAAACUUAGAUUUCACAAACAAUAAUAUAUACAACACUUCAUCCCUUAACACAAUAAACAGAGCCAUGAAUUACACUAUGUCUUUGAAUUCCUUCAACCUUCUAUUUCUGUUCCUCUUCAUUACCUUUCUCCUGAGCUCAAAUACAAAAGCACAAAAUCCUACUCAUCUCUACCAGAUUUGUUCAAUGAACAAAACCACAUCCAACAGCACCUACAAAUCAAACAUCAUAACCCUUUUCUCUUAUCUUUCUUCCAACGCCACCACAAACAAUGAAUUCUACAACACGGUCCCCAGCAGAAACAUCUCAAACUCCGUAUACGGUCUAUUCAUGUGCAGAGGCGACGUUUCAUCUCCCCUCUGCAUACAAUGUGUGGCGAACGCAACACAGAGACUAUCAUCAGAUGCAGACUGCUCCUUAUCCAAACAAGCUGUAAUCUGGUACGACGAGUGCAUGGUUCGAUAUUCCAACACCUCUUUUUUCUCCACCAUGGCUACAAGGCCUGGCGUUUUCAUGAUGAACAGCCUAAAUAUCACAAACCAGGAGACAUUCAUGCCUUUGUUGUUUGAUACAAUGAACAAAACAGCAGAUAAUGCUGCAAAUUCUUCUGUUGGUGCUAAGAAAUACGCAACAAAGGAAGCUAGCAUCUCUGGUUUUCAGACACUUUAUUGUAUGGCUCAGUGUACAGAGGAUUUAUCACAGCAAGAUUGCAGAACGUGUCUUAGUGAUGCUAUUGGAGCUCUUCCACAGUGUUGUGAUGGAAAGCAAGGUGGGAGAGUUUUGUUUCCUAGCUGUAAUGUUAGAUAUGAAUUAUACCCUUUUUAUCGAAACCUUGCUCCUUCACCAUCACCAGCGCCUUCAGCAGCACCAGCGCUUGUUCCUCCUUCAACCAGCACUCCUACUUUGGGAGGAAGUAGCGGGAUCUCAUCAGGGACAAUUGUUGCAAUUGUGGUUCCGAUUUCUGUGGCCACACUGCUAUUAAUCGUUGGUGUUUGUUUCUUAAGUAAAAGAGCAUGGAAGAAGAAGCAUGACUCUGCAGCACAAGAUCCUAAAACUGAAACUGAUAUUUCCACUGUGGAAUCCUUGAGAUUUGAUUUGAGUACACUUGAAGAAGCUACAAACAAAUUCUCAGAAGCUAAUAAGCUAGGUGAAGGUGGAUUUGGUGAGGUUUACAAGGGCUCACUUCCGAGCGGACAAGAAAUAGCUGUCAAGAGACUCUCUAAACACUCGGGACAGGGCGGAGAACAAUUUAAGAAUGAAGUUGAGCUUGUUGCCCAACUUCAACAUAGAAAUUUAGCUAGGCUUCUAGGAUUUUGCUUGGAAAGAGAAGAAAAGAUACUUGUUUAUGAAUUUGUGGCCAACAAAAGCCUCGACUAUAUUCUUUUUGAUCCUGAAAAACAAAGGCUGUUGGAUUGGACAAGGCGUUACAAGAUUAUUGGAGGGAUUGCGCGAGGCAUUCAAUAUCUUCAUGAAGAUUCUAGGCUUAAAAUUAUUCAUCGUGAUCUUAAAGCUAGCAACAUAUUGUUGGAUGGAGAUAUGAAUCCAAAAAUCUCGGACUUUGGCAUGGCAAAAUUAUUCGGAGUGGAUCAAACUCAAGGAAAUACCAGUAGAAUCGUAGGCACAUAUGGUUACAUGUCUCCGGAGUAUGCAAUGCAUGGAGAGUUCUCGAUAAAGUCUGAUGUAUACAGUUUUGGAGUCCUCGUUAUGGAGAUUAUAAGUGGCAAGAAGAGCAACUCUUUCUAUGAAACAGGUGUUGCUGAUGAUUUAGUAACCUAUGCCUGGAAACUUUGGAAGAAUGGAACACCCUUGGAAUUGGUUGAUCACACAGUAAGAGAGUCUUAUACUCCAAAUGAAGCUAUCAGAUGCAUCCAUAUUGGUUUACUAUGUGUCCAAGAAGAUCCAGAAGAUAGACCUACAAUGGCAACAGUAGUGCUCAUGCUAGAUAGUUUCACUGUUACGCUACCGGUACCUAAGCAGCCUGCAUUUUUUCUACACAGUGGAACUGAUUCAAACAUGCCGACAAUACAAAUUAGUCAAUCUACUACCAAUUGAAUACCAAAGCUUGAAAACGUGAGGAGAUUUUAAAAGUUUAGUCUGUUAGUGUAUGUAGUUUUGAGUUCAAAACAGUGUAAUAUUUUGUAUUUGCUUAUUUAUCAAUGUGGAAAUAAUAACUGCAGGUCGUUUAGGUCAUCUUGUAUUUGGUAGCCUCGUAAGCUGGCAAAAUAUCAACUUUUGAAAUGUAGCAGACCAAUUAUGUAUUGGUUGAGGCCCAUUUUCAUUUCA